AUGUAUUAAUAUAUUUAUUUAAAAAUAAAUAUUAAUAAAUUAAUUCAACUAAUCAAAAUAACUUUUAUGUAAAAAAUUAAUACUUUAGAUGUAAUAAUUGUAUCAUAUUAAUAGAUAUAGCAAAAUGCCAUUCAAAAAUUUCGUCGUUUGUAAACGACUAUAUUAGUGAAUGGCAUUUAAUUACAUACAUUCGUUUUUAAUUAAUUAAUUGUUUAGCUUAGCUAAGCUAAGUAGAAAUAAGAAAAUUCAAAAAAGUAAUUAAAUCUAAUUGAAUAAAAAUAUAUAAUAUAUAAUGAGACAACUACCCCACUGGGCAUGCAUAAAACUUUUUAGAUUGGUUCCGGGGCCGGAUACUUAAAUUUUUAUACCUUUCAAUUUUUUGGAAAUAAAGUCAAAAUAAAUGAAAAUUUAUGGUAUUUAUAAUUAGAUAAAAAAUACUGA